CUGAUUAAGUUGUCUGUCUCUAAGGCCGUCAAUUUAAACGUUAGCAUAAAAAGCCAUCACUGUAUCGAUUGAGCCCCAUUCCGAUUACGCUCGUUUUCAGUGUAGGACAGUGUAAUCAGAAAUGGCUUUUUCAAAUUGGAUUGUUCUGUUAGUUACCUAUGUAACUUUGCAGGGUAUUUCAGGGGCAUUAAUAAGCUGGGAUUCAGGUUGCGGGAGUACAAAGGGAUGUUUCCCGUCAUGCACCAAAGGUUGCGAAUAUCUAGUCACGUGGGUUACCUCGGGUUCUUCCAC